AUGAAAGGUGUCUUGAGUGAUAUGAAAGUUGACAACAGAGUUAGAAGACCGUUAAACGCUGGAUCAACAAAAUACGAUACGGAAUGGCAGGCUACGUCAAAUAGUUCGAAGAUAACUACAGCACAGGAGAAUAAUACCAACUCCCUGAUUGACUGGAAGAAAUUGUACGAUUUUGUGGAUAAUAAGAGCAAAGAUUUUGAGAACUACAUUCAAGUAAAUGAUAGUUUCAUUCAGUUAUAUCGCCAAUUGAUCUGGCGUCAUCAGUUGAAGAAACUUCAGGAACUUCCGAAAAAGCAUAUGAAUUGGAUUAUUUUUUUGAUGGAGAGAAACAAAUUGACACAAGCUAGCAAUCAGAUCUUAAUGCUAUACAACGAAACCAAUUUAAUUAAGGCCAAAGGUAUUGAUGACGUUUUGUUAAGUGAUUUUUCUGCGGGCAAUGAGAAUUACUUAGCAACAUUAAAAGUAAUAACAAUGCAGUUGAUAUUGAAAACAGGAACGACAGAAAGACACGCGGAAAGUCUUUUGGAAUGCUUUGCUCAUGAUACGCGAUACCUUCUGAAAGACCCUAAUGUGAAAGUCCACGCUUUGGUGAAGCUAAUAUUAAACUUCUUUACAUUGCUAACUGGAUUCAAGCCUUUGUUUGGACUCAAAUUCGUUCAGUAUGUGAAUCAGUUCAAACUCGAAUUUGGUAAUUACAUAAAGAAUAUGGAUUCUUCGACGUUUCAAAGACAAAUUACCAAAUUACUUCGAAAGGAUAUAUCUGUAAACUGCCACAUCUAUUUACCGAAAUACUAUGAUGAGUAUACGAAACAUAUGGAGAACGAUCAAGUGAACUUGACCGAAUUUUUGAGGACUGAUGUUAUAGGUAAGGACGUUUGCACGGAAAUAAGAAAUCAAUUGCGCCUCCAGAGUUUUUCUGCAGGUAAGAUCGAUGCACUUCUACGACCUUUUUUGUAUCAAGCUGCCUUAAACAAAUCAUCCUCGAGAUUGUGUGAUAGUCUAAUCAUUUCUGUCAAUAAUUCCAUUAAAGACCUGAAUGAGGAAGCUGUAAUUUAUGUUCUUGUUUACCUAUCCAAAAUAUUUUUAUCAUUUGAGGACUUCAAAAGGACUGAUAAUGUUGCGGCUGUUCUAUACAAUUGUUUUGUUACGAAACGAAAGCUUCUAUUCUUAGAACAUGCCGCCAUGGUCAAUUACAGAGCAUAUUUACGAACGUCGAAUAUUUUAGAGCAUUUUAAAAAGUUCGAGAGAAUUAUUGGUUGCUGCCAAGAUAGAAAUGUUCAAAAGUUGCUAUUUUCAUACGUAUGCAACGUUUUCAUGAUCUUCAAAGAAAAUACACUCCAAGAUAUGUGGAAUUUGACAAGAAAGAGUUUAGUUCCAUGCUUUCGCAGGAUGAAACUAGACAAAUUUGAAAUCUUCAACUUUUCUUCAGAGCCAAUGUUGUGUCUUUUAUAUUCUGGCUCUCAUUUUUCUUACCAAUUCAAGUGGUCUCAUUUGUGUCAGAUGCUAACUGAUAUUGUCACAGAUGUAAAACAGUCUGACCUUCAAAUCGACAUGAAAAUCAACACAUUGGAUUCAUUUUCGAAAUAUGAAGUCUUAAUAAAAUCAAUGUUCUGUUUGAAUUCUGAAAUGAACAGAAACAGCUGUCUCAAAUUGCAAAAGGUCUCCAAUAUAUACUUAGAGAAAUGGGUGAACAAGGGAAACGAAACAAAACUCUCAGAUUUAGAGCUUAUGCUCUUGGAAUCUAUGAUGCCUUUUCUCUUACAAAACAAAAUAUACAAACUUACUGCUGAAAUAUGUACACAACUAAGAAGCGUACAGAGAUAUGCAUCCAUACCAGACCUGAUUUCAUACUGGCUAUUGGAGUCAUAUGUUGGCUUGCAAAUUGGGCCUAAGGUAGAACUUUCCAUCAUGGAAACGGUUUCCGCACUGAAAUACCAGCCGUCGUCUUUCACUGAGAUGAAUGUGGAUCAGCUACAUACAACAUUAUGCAUUCUAUUAACCCAGGUACUGUGGAAAAAAGACAUCGAAACCUUCAAUAAGUUAAUUCAUGAUGAUUUAACGAGAUUUAGACCCAAUCUAUUUGACAUUCAGAAUAAAACCAAAAUGCCUGUCGCUGAAUAUUUGAAGAUUCUAAUGUUAAACAUCAAAAUUACUCGUUGCGCAUCCAUUCUUCAACUCUCUCAAAACAACGUCUAUAUGUCUUUGAAAGAAUGCAAACGCUCGCUCAAAAUAUGCAGACUCUUGAUAAAGAAAGAAGCGGUGCUCUCUGCCAAGUAUCGAUUUGAGGUAAUAAGCCUUCUUGACGAUAUUUUCCAAAGAAUUAUUAGCAUUUAUGUCCACACCGGUAUUUUCAAAGACUGUGCAUUUUUCAUAACCGAAUAUCAAGAGGUUAUAGGGUCGUUGGAUAACCCAACAGCUCUUUUCAACAUGUUUUCCUGCCUAUGUUCCUAUUACCAGCUGAUAGAGGAAUCAGAAAAUGCCUCUUUAUCACUAACAAAAAUGAAUGCUGCCUUCGACCAGAUUGAUGGAAGUGCAAACAUAGAGGCUUUGGCCACAUUCUUGUAUUUUAACAAGGAAUCCGAGAAACUGAAUAAUUCUAUGAGGUUGUUCUUUGGAGAUGACGUGUUUAUUUCAGACAUUGUCGAGUAUUGGUUAUUGAGAAGCUGUCAAAAAACUUCAACUGAAACAACACGAAAAGAUUUUGAAGCAAUGGUAUGUAUGAACAAUGCAAAAAUCCUGUACAACAAGGUCCAGAAGCAAAUGGCCACUGAUACCUUCUUCAGAAGCAUGGGCGAAUCAGUGAUGGCUAUUCCUGCAUGCUAUGACUGUGAUAGUAUUUCAGUUGAUGGGAGGCAUAAAUCACUAUCACUAACUAGUGUACAGACUUUAAAAAGCGUGAAUGACUCACCCCGCCCAUCAUCUCUUACUCCUAGGGGUAAGUCACUUGCCUAUUCUUUUGAUCGUUCCACUGCAAUCAAUAAUUUACAAAUGACAGAUCGCUUCAUUCAAAAUGCUGACAUCAAGGCCCUAAAAGCUCAUGAAAUUCGAGAGUUAGCAAGCUUACAUUCAUUGACAUUGUCACUAUUCUUCAACAUGAGUACCAAAACAAGGCUGGAAAGCCAACUUGGGCAGAAUUUCAGGUUACGAGAUCACCCAAGAUCAUUGUCAUUACUAUAUGAAAAAGCUUUCUCUGAUAUGGGAACAGAGAUAUAUGAUUCUUUUAUACCCGAAACUAUUGCUACUGAAUCCGUUGAAAUGUCAGAAUGUAAUAUGAAUUUGGCAACUAUUCAUUCAGAGUUUGGGAAAAAAUGGUCUCAUCUCUCAUUCAAUGUGGUAGAGAUUGACAUUUGCCAGCUCACUGGUGAUCUAUUAAUUACUAGAUUCGAUACAGUACGCAACAAACACCUUCAUUUACGUUUACCUUUGAAUCGUCAUAAUUCCAGAGACCUUUCGGAAGAGGUCUUGGGUUUUGAAGCCGCCCUCGAUGAGUUAAACCAUAUCAUUUCUUCCAACAAUUGUACCACUUCAAUUGAAGUUACCUCGGUCAUUACCACCAAAGAACAAAGGAAGAACUGGUGGGAUGAAAGGUAUGCUUUGAACAAUCGACUCCAAACUCUUCUCACUAAAAUUGAGGAUUCAUGGUUUUGUGGGUUCAAAGGAGUUUUUAACCCAAGAAUAGUUGAUCAGCAGCAAUUUGAAAUCUUCAAAAAGGGCUUCCAAUCAAUACUACACACGCAUCUUCCUUCAAGAAAAUCAUCGAGACAAUCAGAUUCUUUUCUUCAGGUAGAUAACAUGUUGAUAGAAUUAUUUGUCCUAUUAGAUGUGAUAAAUCAACCAACUGAGAAGGCCGUAAGCAUGAUGGAAGAUUUAAUAUAUUUCGUGUUUGAUAUAUUAUUAUUCCACGGCGAGCAAAAUGCAUAUGAUGAGAUUGACGUAAAUCUAAUGCAUGUUAAAUUCGAAGAGCUGUUACAAGAAUAUAAUGCAGAAUCUAAAACCAAAGAUCAAACAUUAGAUCAUACGUUUUUAAUAUUGGGUAAUAAAUGUCACUCGAUACCUUGGGAAUCUUUAGAUUUCUUGAAAUCCAUAUCCAUCAGCAGAGUCCCGUCAAUAAAAAUGCUCGACGAAUUGUUAACCAAACACUCAGAGCUUUCUCCUUGCGUCAACGUUUCUGAGAAUCUCUCGUUUGUCUUAAAUCCUGGAAAUGAUUUGGGUAGAACAGAGACAGUAUUUAGUUCAGAAUUCAUUGCAAUGGCGAGCAGGACUAAUUCAAAGGCUUUCAUUGGUAAACCGCCAACGGUAGACGAAUUUUUUCAUUCUGUGGCAGAUUCUAAUUUGUUUGUAUAUGUUGGACAUAGCGGUGGAGAGCAAUAUGUUAAACUAAAGGACUUGAGAAAAUGUAACCAUUUAGCACCUAGUCUCUUAUUGGGCUGUUCAUCUGCUCAUUUAAAAUACUGCGGAACAUUUGAAAGCAGUGGCACCAUUUAUUCGUACUUACUUGGUGGGUCUCCUAUGGUUGUGGGGAAUCUUUGGGAUGUGACAGACAAGGACACAGACAAGUUAUCAGUGUCUGUUUUCGAAAAGACCGGAUUCUUUAAUUCCAAACCAAUCUCAAGAACUGAUGAAAGUGACGCAACUAUUAAACAGUUUUUAAAUGUCAGUGAGGCAAUAUCUCAAUCAAGAGAUGAAUGCAACAUGAAAUAUUUAAUUGGUGCAGCCAUGGUUAUAUAUGGAUUGCCGAUGCGGUUUACCGAGAGAACUGUACCAACAUCUAUUUAG